CCAAGAAAAAAAUGUCACUUAAAAUCAUCAAUUGAUUUAGAUUCACAAAACAUUAGGUCCCUAGCAAAAUUGUUGUGUGGUAAAAUUUUCGUAUUGCCUUGCCCAAAUUAUGUCGGAAACAAAUGAGAAAAGUGCGAAUAGUUCGCUGGUUAACACUGUGCUAAAGGAGGUAGAUUCGCUUCUGGAUAUUAGCAGCAGUUCCUUAGACGCCAGUUCCCCGUCAACAUGUUCAGAACUAAAGCAAAUUGUGACAAAGGCCUUGGAAGAAAUUCAAGCAGUUCCUCACUGUGGCAACCUCAAUGUAAAUGAAAUAUUGGAAGCGGCUCUGCCUAAAAUUAGAAGCGAAUUGUUGGGCUGUGAUACGGUCUACAAGGAAGUUCAAAAUAUCAAAAAAUUACUAGAAUCAUAUGUUCAGCAAGUGCAAGCAGUAGAUCAGGACAUAGCUGAGAUAUUUUUGGACUUGCACAACAUAUAUAGGAGGCUCGAAAAAAUCGAUGUCAGUGGAAGGAAGUUGAGCAGCCCAAAAAAAGCUAAGUUGUUGAAGCAUGUCAAAGAGUCUGAGGAGUUACUGAACCGUUCCAGGCAUUAUCUAUCGAACGAUCCUAAGGAGAUGAGUGCCAUGCUUGUAGGUCCGCCCAAGGAAUCCCCAUCGAUUUCUAAGGUACGUGGUCGUAUUUCGAAAUCAUCAAACCCAAAUAACGAUCGGUAUCAAGAGGGACUAAUCCCAUUUGGACCCCCCUACGAAAGGAAGUUUCUGAAGUCUCACAAGAAAAAUAUCGAGAAGUUUGUCUUUCUCACCAACAUGGUAACGUUCAAGAAGUCGGACUACUCCCUUAAUCUCAAUCGCUUCAAGACAUAUUUCGGAGAGGCCAAGCGGGUACUAAAUCUUGAUUGUAAUUAAAAAGUAUUCUAUUGUAAUAACAUUUUGAAUAAAAGCUG